AUGCCAAAAUAUUACUGUGAUUAUUGCAAAUCAUAUCUCACUCACGACACCAUGAGUGUGCGAAAGUCGCAUCUCAUGGGAAAGAACCACAUCAAGUUGUAUUGCGAGUACUAUGAGACCGAAGCCAAGAAGCUGAACAUCUGGGAACCCAGCAAGUUACCUUACGAACUAACCUUGGAGAAACUUUAUAACGGGAUUCCUGGAAAGCGGAUCUCCGCGAAGAAAAGCUGGAGAGGGGAAGCAGGCGUGGAUAUCGAAAUGGAGUCUGAGGUGGACGGGUUCAUUCCACCUCCCCCAACUCUUGCUGGACUGCCCAAUCCUCCACCCUCUGUGUAUUAUUACGACGCUGCUGAGGAGAAGAAAAAGAUCCAAGAGGUGAUCAAAUCUCACGCGUUGGAAAAGCAGUUGCCGUUUUGA